AUGGCCUGCCAUGGAGGGGAUCAUUAUAAACCCAGGAUUUUCAUACCACUGUCCUUUGAAAAUAACCAGCAAGAAGGUAGGCGACAUUUCAAGUUUUUCAACUAUUUGGCCAGCCACCAAGACUUUGAUGAUAUAGUCAAGCAAUGCUGGAGAAAAAGGUAUAGGGGAACUGCAAUGCUACAUGUGUGGAAUAAGCUCAAAAAACUAAAAGGAGAUCUAAAGCAGCUCAACAGCCAAGAUUUUAACAAUAUUUGGCACAAGAUUGAAGUAGCAAGGAACAAAUUAGAAGGCAUUCAAGCGCAGCUGACACUUCCAGGAAAUGAUAAUGAAGCAAUACUACAAGAAAAAGCUGCUAAAUUUGAGUUGGCAAAAUGGUUGGAAGUGGAGGAAAGUGUUUUGAAGCAGAAGUCAAGAAUCAAAUGGCUUAAGUUAGGGGAUUCUAACACAGCAUAUUUCCAUGCCUGUGUGAAAAACAGACAAGCAAGGAAUCAUAUUGGCAGAUUGAUUGACAGUGCAGGGCAAAUUCUCCAAAGUGCUACUGAAGUAGAAGAGGACAUACUGAGAUUCUACAAAAAACUACUUGGUACAACAGCUCCACAACUGUCAGUAGUUAUCCUAGAAAUCAUGCAGAAUGGCUAUACUUUGAACAGGCAACAACAACUGCAGCUAAUCAAGCCUAUUACUAAAAAGGAAGUGAAGAAAGCUAUGCAAGACAUUGAUGAUAAUAAAGCACCAGGAUGUGAUGGUUAUAAUUCUUUUUCAAGAAGACAUGGCACAUAUUGGGUGAUGAUGUUACUACAGCAGUAA